AGAAAAAAGAAAAAGUAGUCACCCUGUCGGUCUUCUUAGAAGUGCUAAAUAUAGAGAGUGAUGAGGUAUAAGAGGCAGCGACCAGGACACAACGUAUCAGAUCUCCUCCUGAAACAUCUCAAACCUCUGGACCAUCAUCAUCAUCAUCAUCAUCAUCAUCAUGAAGAAGAGUCUGAGCUUCAUCGUGGGUCUGAUGCUGCUGCUGUUCACCGUUCAACGCUGCAGCUCAAUUACAGUUGCCAUGGGUCAGAUCCCUCCUGAACGUUGCUGCUUUGAGUUCCUUAAGGGAGAAAUUCCACGUCGAGCCAUAGCCUCCAUCAGCACCACAGACAGUCGAUGCCCUGAACCAGCGUUUCUGAUCAAGACUGUGAAAAACAAAGAGUUCUGUGUGAGGCAGAGUUCUACCUGGGCACAAAAAGUUUAUGAAGAAGGACUCAAAUCCAACAUCUGAUGUCAACUCAUCUCACAGCGUCUUUAAUUCACUGUAAUGAAGCUCUCUGUUCUCUUUCUGCUUAUCUGUGGAUGUUAAACCACUUUGUGCACGUCUGUUUUCUCUGUUCUGUUCAAGAAUGAUUUAGAAUAAAAAUGAAAAUGAUUUUUUAUUAAACUUCUUAAAAUUAUUCUGCUGGAAAAUCCUCUUUUUAUGAGUUUAAACUACUGGAUGAAUGAAUAUGUGAUAAUUAAGUCUGAUUAUUCAAGAUGUACUGAUUAUAAAUGAACUUUUCUAGCUUUAUUCUGAAAGUGAAAUAACC